AUGUUAACACUACCGUUUGACGAGUCUGUCAUAAUGCCCGAAUCCCAGAUGUGCAGAAAGUUUGCUAGACAAUGCGAGGAUCAGAAACAAAUUAAGAAGCCAGAGAGCUUUCCCAAACAAGUUGUCCUUCGAGGAAAGAGCAUUAAACGGGCCCCUGGAGAAGAAACCGAGAAAGAGGAGGAGGAAGAAGACAGAGAAGAAGAAGAUGAAAAUGGCUUGCCCAGAAGGAGGGGUCUCAGGAAAAAAAAGACCACCAAACUACGCCUGGAAAGGGUCAAGUUCAGGAGACAGGAAGCCAAUGCGCGCGAGAGGAACCGGAUGCACGGCCUCAAUGACGCUCUGGACAAUUUGCGAAAAGUGGUCCCCUGUUACUCUAAAACCCAAAAACUGUCCAAAAUAGAAACUUUACGGCUGGCCAAAAACUACAUCUGGGCACUUUCCGAAAUUCUGAGGAUUGGCAAGAGACCAGAUCUGCUCACGUUCGUCCAAAACUUAUGCAAAGGUCUUUCCCAGCCAACGACAAACUUGGUGGCAGGCUGCUUACAGCUCAACGCCAGGAGUUUCCUGAUGGGUCAGGGUGGGGAGGCUGCACACCACACAAGGUCACCCUACUCCACAUUCUACCCACCCUACCAUAGCCCUGAGCUGGCCACUCCCCCAGGGCAUGGGACUCUUGAUAAUUCCAAGUCCAUGAAGCCCUACAAUUACUGCAGUGCGUAUGAAUCCUUCUAUGAAAGUGCUUCCCCUGAGUGUGCCAGCCCUCAGUUUGAAGGUCCCUUAAGUCCUCCCCCAAUUAACUAUAAUGGGAUAUUUUCCCUGAAGCAAGAAGAAACCUUGGACUAUGGCAAAAAUUACAAUUAUGGCAUGCAUUACUGUGCAGUGCCACCCAGGGGUCCCCUUGGGCAGGGUGCCAUGUUCAGGUUGCCCACCGACAGCCACUUCCCUUAUGACUUACAUCUGCGCAGCCAAUCCCUCACUAUGCAAGAUGAAUUAAAUGCAGUUUUUCAUAAUUAA